AUCAUAUACUCACCACCAUAUCUUCUCACACACCUCAUAUAUAUAUAUAUAAACCAUGUCCGUCGUUGGAUCAUUGAUAUUCUGCACAUAUUGUGGUAAUUUAUUAGACUCCCACAGCUCAAGCUCUCACAUACAAUGUCAUGUUUGCCAUGAAUCAUACCCAAAAUCAAAAUUUGCAAAUUUAAAGGUCAUAACAACUUCAAGUGAAGAUGCAUUCCCAUCCACAUUAAAACUGGCAAGAUCAGUAGUGAAAACCUCGUUGAAGAAGGACGAAUUAGACGAAGGUGCCACCAUUAAAGAAAAAUGUCCAAAAUGUGGUAACGAAGAAAUGUCAUAUCACACCUUACAACUAAGAUCAGCCGAUGAAGGUGCUACCGUGUUUUACACUUGUACUUCUUGUGGGUAUAGAUUUAGAACUAACAAUUAGUGUUCAUAUAGAAUUAAUAAAACAUAUAUAAGUA